AUGAAGGUUUUGACAGGCUUUUUUUGUUGCCAAUAAAUAGUGCGCACACAGUAACACACCACAACUCCUAAUUUAUUUUCUCCGCCGUAGCUUUUACCUUUUCCUCAUUUCUUUUGUAUAUUCUGAAAUGAGGACCUCCAUGUUGAAAUCCAUCGUCCGCCGGAGCUCCACUGCCGGAGCAUCCUAUGUAUCCCGCCGUGGAUUCGCAUCGGGAUCCGCACCAGAGAGGAAAGUUGCAGUUUUGGGGGCAGCCGGAGGGAUUGGACAGCCUUUAUCUCUUCUAAUGAAGCUUAACCCUUUAGUAUCCAGCCUUUCACUCUACGAUAUCGCCGGCACUCCCGGUGUUGCCGCCGAUGUUAGUCACAUCAACACCAGAUCUGAGGUUGUCGGUUUUGCAGGAGAAGAGCAGCUAGGGAAGGCUCUGGAAGGAGCUGAUAUAGUUAUCAUUCCUGCUGGUGUGCCCCGAAAGCCUGGUAUGACCCGAGAUGAUCUGUUCAACAUUAAUGCGGGUAUUGUUAAAUCUCUUUGCACGGCCAUUGCUAAGUACUGCCCCAAUGCUCUGGUCAAUAUGAUAAGCAACCCAGUGAAUUCCACUGUCCCAAUUGCUGCUGAGGUGUUUAAGAAGGCUGGAACUUAUGAUGAAAAGAAGCUCUUUGGAGUUACCAUGCUUGAUGUGGUUAGGGCCAAGACAUUUUAUGCUGGAAAAGCUAAAGUAAAUGUUGCUGAGGUCAAUCUUCCGGUAGUUGGUGGUCAUGCUGGCAUAACUAUCCUCCCAUUAUUUUCUCAAGCCACUCCAAAGGCAAAUCUGUCAAAUGAGGAAAUUGUUGCACUCACAAAGCGAACCCAAGAUGGUGGCACAGAAGUCGUGGAGGCCAAGGCUGGAAAGGGUUCAGCCACCCUCUCAAUGGCCUAUGCUGGGGCUAUUUUUGCCGAUGCUUGCUUGAAGGGUUUGAAUGGAGUUCCCGAUGUUGUUGAAUGUGCUUUUGUGCAGUCCAAUGUCACCGAGCUUCCCUUCUUUGCAUCCAAGGUGAGACUUGGGAAAAAUGGAGUGGAGGAAGUCCUAGGGUUGGGUCCACUUAACGACUACGAGAAGCAAGGACUUGAGGCUCUUAAGCCAGAGCUGCUCUCCUCCAUUGAGAAAGGAAUCAAGUUUGCCAAAGAAAACUAAAAACAAAAUUAUGGUCUAGUUUUCUAGAGUGACAGUUUUGGAUCCUUUUGGGUCAAUUGUGUUGUAUCCUUUGCAAGUUUCUUGCAGCCGGAGGCUUAGAUUUAGCUCUUUUGAUAUAUACCCAACAUUUCUACAAAAUAAUGUAUGGCAAACUGGCGUCUAUGCCAUUUGCCUUAGUGUGGUGGAGGUGUUAUUCUCACAUGGAUCGUUUUCCAAUUAUGGUUAGAAGCAGACAAAUUGAUUUGAAAUGAAGAAUGUUCAUGACCAA